AUGGAAAAUCUAAAAAUUCGGCUCGAGCAGUCUACGCCGUAUCACCCGCAGGCGAAUAGACAGGUCAAAGCAAGUAAUAAGGUUUUAAUCGGUAUUCUUGAGAAAAUGGUAAAAGAAAGGCCUAGUAUGUGGCAUUUAAAGUUAAAUGAAGCAUUGUGGGCUUAUCGAAUUUCACUCCGAUUGGCAACCGGAACGACUCCGUACGCGUUAACCUAUGACCACGAAGCUAUGUUACCAAUUAAACAAAGUAGCUUGUUUAGUGCCGAGUACAGUCAUGCUAUGCGGCAAGAGUUAAAAGAUUUGGAAAAAAAAUGGUUUGAUGCUUACAAUUUAUUGAUGGCACAGAAAAAGAUUACCGAGCUAACUUAUAAUCAGCGAGUCAGACAAAAAACAUUCGAAGAGGGUGAGUUAGUUUGGCAAACUGUGUUGCCCGUGGGAAUUAAAGACCGCAGGUUCGGCAAAUGGUUGUCGAAUUGGGAAGGACCGUUAAUUGUUCACAAAGUUCUCGGCAAGGGGGCAUACCACCUCAAGGAUUGA